GUGCCAGGCGGCAGCAUUCCUGAAGAAGCAUCGUCAUCAUCAGUCGUUCGCCGCUAGUAUGGAGGAGAAGUCGGAAUAAGAUUGCCAUGUAGUUCAUUUAGUAUAGAUUGAUUUCCUGUCUCUGCUCUGCUCUGUUCCUUUCGUCCCCAUUCACGUUCCUUCGCCCACUUCCUUUCCUGACAUUGUAUCAUCACCAUGUCCGCCCUCAUCAACCCCGUCCUUACGGGUGCUCUGCUCCUUGCACUCACCGUUGGUCCCGACCAGGUUAGGGACCCGCUUCUUCAGCAGCUCCGCCAGCACAUCUCGGGCGAGAACAUUGCCCGCCUGAUCACUGGCCUCAAAGUCGUCGUCGGAUACGGCGCCCUGACUCGCGCGAGUUUGUGGUUCAGCGAGGUCGCACAAAACAACUUCCGCCUCUCUUCGGAAAAGCACCGAUAUGACUGGCCUAAGGAGAUCGCCGUCGUGACUGGCGCCUGCGGCGGUGUCGGCACAUUGAUCUCGAAAGGACUAGCGAAGAAGGGCAUCAAGGUUAUCUGCCUCGAUAUUCGAGACGAGUUCCCUGCGGACAUGGCGGCAAUCAAGAACCUUGUCUACUACAAGUGCGACAUCACCGACCGCGAGGCGGUUGUCGAGCUCGCCGCACGCAUUGCCAAAGAGCAUGGACAUCCAUCAAUCUUGGUCAACAACGCCGGUGUCGCCAACGCGGCUCCCAUCUUGAAGGUCACAGACAAGCAGCUCAAGCAGCUGUUCGAUGUCAACAUCAUCUCCCACUACUACACCAUCCAGGCGUUCAUGCCCAACAUGAUCAAGGAGAACAAGGGUCACAUCUUCUCCACCGCCUCGGUUGCGUCCUUCAUGGCCGCCCCAGGUCUUGUGCCCUACUCAAACACGAAGGCUUCCGUCCUCGCACUCCACGAGGGUCUCUCAUUUGAGACUCGCGCCGUGUGGAAGGCACCCUCCAUUAAGUUUUCCAUCAUUCACCCGACUUUCAUCGACACUGCUAUGGCUGCGCCAUUCAAGACCAACCUCAACGACGCCGGUGCCGGCAUCAUCACACCCGAGAGCGUGGCGAACGCCGCUGUCAAGCAAAUCCUCAGCUGCCGAUCCGGUCAGAUCAUCCUGUCUGGCAACCUGGGAGCCCUGGUCAACGUGCGCAAGUGGCCCAAGUGGAUGUACUACGGUGCCUUUUACCUCGGCGACAAGCGCACUUUGAAAAUGUCACCAAAGGAGUUCCUCGAGCCCUUGAAAUAGAUGAGUGUGGAUUCGCACAACGGAUACAGACAGUCCAGCGACCGAGAAGACGAGCGUUGGAGCGAUAUACCCCGAUGUUGAAUAAAACUACGCACCAGUGCAGAGUCAGGUGGGAAAUGUCAUUAGAUGGCACGCCUACAUGGCCUGGCCUCGGAACACAUAGAGACAUUUCUCAAAUGCACUGAAUAAUGAAAACCCAUUAAAAGCUG